AAAAUGAGAACAGCAAAUAAUGGGCAUAGCCAUGGAGGGUACUACAGGAGAAGAUGGACUAAUGUGUAUGUCCCCAUGGCCAUAAUAGCAUUGGUGUGUGGGUGUGGGCUGUUAUUGGGUGUGGUGGGUCUACAGAGGCUCAAGGAGAGACGCCUUCUCGACCGUUUGAUCAAGGAGAAAGAUGGCCAGAUCCUCUCCCUUCAUCUCCUCCUCCAGAAAGAAAAAGACCAUUCUCAAGAAAUCAAGAGAAAAACAGAGGAGAUGAGGACCAAAAUGUACAACCUUCGUGCCCGAAACACGGACCUCAACGCCCGCAUUUCGAGCAUGCAGUCCGCCAUAUCUUCCCUCAAAGACGAACAACGAGCCAUCGAGCUACACUUGCACGAGACCCAAAACGAGGCCAAGUCAGCCCUAAUCCAGACAUCACGCCGAAAGGAAUCCGAAAUCGAGGAUCUCAAGAAUCAGAAAAACGAGCACAAAAGGCCAGCGAAUUUUACGGACGUCAAAGAAUUAUCGACUUCCAAUCAAGAGACGGGCGCGAGUGAGAAUGGGGCAAAAAUGGAAAUUCAAGAAAAUGCGGGAGUUGAAGGCUUUCGGUUUCGAGGGAAACAAAGUUUCUUAAGAAGGACUAAUGGAAAAAGGUGGAAAAAGAUAACUGAAGAAGGAAUCGGAAAUUACCAAGACGAAAAUCGGGAUGCAGUAAUUAUGACCGGCAGCUCGAAUACGCAAACUACUGAAGAGAGUCCACCGCGUGUUAUGAAGAUAGAAAACAACACGAAGCCAAUGGAAGCUUCCGGAACAAAUGAGGACCCGGAUGAUGUUCGUGUGGAGAACUUUCGGGAGCGUGAUCGGGUGGGGACGAAUACGAAUACGGAUACAAAAUCAAUUGGAAGCAGGGAAGAAGAAGAAGAAGAAGACCGAAUGGAUGAAUCGGAUUUUUAA